GACCCAAGAAAGAACUGAGGGUAUGCAAGCAGCGUUCCCAAGCCUGGAAUGGACUGCUCAGGGAGGUUUGGAGUCCCCGACCCCGGAGGUGUCCAAGGAGCAACUGGCCGUGGCGCUCAGUGCUCUGGGCUGGGUGACAAGACAGGCGCCGCCGGCUCUCUUGGGGGUGCGAGAGAUCUUUCCGAGCUCGGGGCUGCCGGGGCCGGCGGUGGGGCACGGAGCGCUGCCGGCCCCGCCCCGGGCCCGUCAUCCGGCGGCGCCGGGGCUGUCCCGUUGCCCGGUGACGAUGUCGGAGCGGCGGGCACGGGGGCCGCUGCAGCGGGUGCAGCGCCGGAGCCGGGAGCUGCGGGCGCAGGUGGAGGCGCUGCGGGCGGAGAGCGCGGCCGCAGCCCCCGGGCAGCGGGAGGCCCUUCGGCUGAGAUGUACACAGCUGAAGGAAUUGGUGGAGGAGAAUACAAACACACUCCACGCUUUGAAAAAAGCUGAUGAGCCUGCGCCGGUGGGGAAUUACAGCCAGAGGAAGGAAGAGGAAGAAAAGCUCUUGCUGAGACUCUCCCAGCAGCUGCAGAAACUCCUUCUUGUCUUGGAUCAGGACAAUGUGACAAAGAGUUAUCCAGGGGGUGAGGAGCACCAGAAAGGCCCUCAUGCACAAGAGGGAAAUGAAGAAGAGGAGGAGAGUGAAGAUGAAGAAAGUGAGGAGGAAGACACUGAAGAAGAAGAAGAAGAAGAAGAAGAAGAUGAGGAGAAGUUGUUGGAUGAUCCAAAUGUUAGAGAAUGUGUUGCUGUUGGGAACUUUGAUGCCCAGCAGGAAGGGGAUCUCACAUUUGUGAAAGGUGAAAUCCUGCUCAUACAUGACAAGAAGGAGGAUGGCUGGUGGGUAGCUGAAAAUUCCAAGGGGGAGAGAGGCCUCGUUCCCAGGACCUACCUUGCGGUUCCUAAGGAAGAAGAAGAAAGCCAGGAGGAGUCAGAAGAACACAUAGAAGUGGUGGAUGAAACAGCAGAUGGAACUGAAAUUAAAAAAAGAACAGAUUCCCACUGGAGUGCUGUCCGAGCCAUUGUAGAGAAUGACACCGUGGAGGUACUGACCACCACAGGGGCAGUUCCUGCAGGGUUCCGCCCAUCCCUGCUGUUCCAGCUCUUGGAGGAAGGUGAAGAGUUUCGAGCAAGUUACUAUUUGCAACCCAAGCUGACUCCAUCCCAGCUGGCCUUCAAAGACUUGGUGUGGAACUCUGAGAGAAAUACUAUCCACCCUAGGCCCACCAGAGUGUCCCUGAUUGUCACUUUAUGCAGCUGCAAGAUGAUCCCUCUCCCUGGGAGCGGCGUGCGCGUCCUCAGCCGGCACGUCCGGCUCUGCCUCUUCGAUGGCAGCCGGGUGCUGAGUAACAUUCACACAGUGAGAGCCACGUGGCUUCCUAAGAAUCCUCAAACUUGGACCUUUUCUCCAAGGGUGAUGGGCAUCUUACCCAGCUUGCUUGAUGGUGACUGUUUUGUCAGAUCCAGCUCCCUGUCUUCAGACAUUGGGAUCUUGUUUGAGCUUGGCAUCACGUACAAGUGCAAUUCAACAGGUGAAAGAGGAGAGCUGAGCUGUGGCUGGGCCUUUCUGAAGCUUUUCACUUCCAGUGGGAUUCCUAUUCCUUCCAAGAUGCACGAGCUGGUCCUGAGUGGUGGAACUCCCUAUGAGAGAGGCGUUGAGGUUGACCCAUCAAUAUCGAGGAGAGCAGGCUCUGGGGUUUUUCAGCAGCUUUUGAGCCUCAGGAAGCAGCCUGUGCUUCUGGUGAAAGUGAAGUCACCGAGUGUGCACUCAAAAGACAUCCUGAAUUUUCUCCCUGAAACAUUAGUCGGGGGCAUGUGCUACAUCCAUCUCCUGGUGUUUUAUCGGCAAAUCCUUGGAGAUGCCCUCCUGAAGGACAGGAUGAGCAUGCAAAGCACAGACUUAAUCUGUAAUCCUGUUCUAGCAACUUUCCCUCAACUCCUGGAUCAACCAGACCUGAUGGAUGCACUUCGGAGUGCCUGGGCAGAGAAAGAAAGAACAUUGAAGAGAAUUGAGAAGUGUCGUGAGGGGGGAACCUGUUACAGGUUGGUACCCAGUGGCUCCCUGUCAUGAUGUGCUUCCAACAGUCAGCUGGUAAAAGCUUUCCAUGGAUACAAAAAGGGGCUGUGUGUGCCCACAAAAUCAUCUUCCCUCCUCCAAACUCUGAGCUUCAGUCCUCCCACAAUCUGCCUGAGUAAAGGCCCCAUAAAUUCCUGAGAUCUCCCUACCCCAGAGAGUUGUAAUCCAUGUUUUGGCACAGAGACAGCUGGAGAAUUUACCUGGUUGUCCCCAGGCUCACCCAGACCUUGUCCUAUAUCCUGUCCCCUGGACAGAGAGCAGCUGCAGGAACUGAAUGAGGAAGCCAUUGCCUCUAUUGCUGGAUUUCCUGGAAGCAGCAGUGGGAUAUUUAAUUCCUGUGCAUGCUCCUGAAUUGAUGCACAAGGAUGGCUCCUGUUUACGCAGAACAAACUUACGCUGAGUCAGAGCAGCUUUUUCAGGGCCAUUCAUCCAAAAGGAGAGCAGAUCUGCUCACGGAAUUGGCACCUCCCCGGGAUCUCAGAACCAUCCAGUUCUACCUGACUGGCGUGUGCCACUCCCAGGGGAGGAUUGCUGCCUGCUGAAGGCUCACCCCUCGUGUGGUUCCCUGAGGCUGAGCUGUGAAACGCUCCCUGCCAGGCACAGCGCUCCUGGGCUAGGACACUCUGGACUUGGAUCUUUCUCAUGUGUUUGAUAAUUGACCAGGCUGAUCCUUUGUCUGUAGGUUUCCAGACUGAUCUUCACAGGGGAGCACACAGGUCACACCAUGCACAAAGAGUGGGACAGCAGUGCCCAGGGGCAGCCUCAGCUCUGGCUCCAAGGAGUGGGAUCAGAGCCACGCUCCGCCUAGGACAGCAGGGAGAUGAGAGGAGUUUGGGUUUCCAGGGCAGGGAGGAUGUGGCACUGCUUUUAAGAAAUAUAAAUACCCCCCAGCAAAGGGCUCUCAGUGCCUGGAGUUUGUGGGAAGGCUGGCAGAGUUCAGGUUUGUGGAUAUGCUGGAGGCUUAUCCAAAAUAAAGGAUGCAUGUUUAGGAAGGUCAAAUCUCUUCCCUUUGUUUUUCUGGGAACUGGGAGUGAGUUGUGUGGGUUUCUCCCCAUGUACAAUACUUUGGAAAAGUGCUUGGCAACACCAUGUGUUUGCACUGCGGUAUUUUCAAACACUCUUCUCUGCAGAGAGAUCAAGAAUUCCUGAAGUCUGCGUUUGUCCUGGUGUACCACGACUCUGUGUUCCCUCUUCUCUGCUCCACGUCCCUCCCCAGCUACAGAUGGGCUGAGGAAGAGGUGGAAUUGUCUCGCUGGAAGGUGAUCCAGGACUU